GUCAGAAGACCUUUAGCACGCAUCAAGUCCUCUUCUGUCGGCAGCAGCACGAAGAAGAAACGUYCAGAGGCAAAUAUGAACAGAGUAUUAAACAGAACUACCCUGAAGAAUUUGACCGGUUUUAUCCAGAGGUUUCAGAGCACCUUGGUGGUUGCAGAACACAACAAUGACAAGUUGACCCCCAUUACUCUCAAUGCCAUCACUGCUGCCAGUAAACUGGGUGGAGAUGUGACAUGUCUGGUUGCUGGGACAAACUGUGCAAAGGUUGUAGAGCAGAUCAGCAAAGUUCAGGGAGUGAAGAAGAUUCUGGUGGCCCAACAUGAGUCCUACAAAGGUGGCUUGCCAGAGGAGUUGACUCCACUUAUCCUGGAAACACAGAAGCAAUUUAACUUCACUCAUAUCUGUGCCGGAGCAUCUGCUUUUGGAAAAAACCUACUUCCUAGAGUUGCUGCCAAGCUGGAUGUUGCCCCAGUUUCAGAUAUUAUUGAAAUUAAGUCCCCAGAUACUUUUGUCAGGACCAUCUACGCAGGAAAUGCCCUCAGCACUGUGAAAUGUAACGAGACAGUCAAAGUCUUCAGCGUCAGAGGGACGGCGUUUGAGGCAGCGCCUACAGAAGGAGGAGGUGCUGCAUCGGAAGAAGUGGCCCCCCCUCCUCCCACCGGAAUUUCUGAGUGGAUCGAACAGAAUUUGACAAAGAGCGAGCGACCAGAGCUGACAAGUGCCAAGGUCGUCGUGUCUGGAGGAAGAGGCCUGAAGAGUGGGGAGAACUUUAAGCUGCUUUAUGACCUUGCAGACAAACUGAAUGCUGCUGUUGGUGCAUCCAGAGCUGCAGUGGAUGCUGGUUUUGUCCCUAAUGACAUGCAGGUCGGACAGACCGGCAAGAUUGUAGCACCGGAGUUGUACAUUGCAGUUGGUAUCUCUGGAGCUAUCCAACACCUGGCUGGAAUGAAAGAUAGUAAGACUAUUGUUGCCAUCAACAAGGACCCAGAGGCUCCCAUUUUCCAGGUGGCUGACUACGGUCUGGUGGCCGAUCUUUUCAAGGCCGUACCUGAGAUGACAGAGGCACUGAGCAAGUGAGACGAAACAAAGCACUGAUGCUUCAUCACACAGCUGGAACCACAGAGCGACCACAGCAAACAGCUCAGCCCCAAAUGUCAGUUUCUUUAUGAACCCUGCGAAUACUAAAUGACUAAGUUGUACUUUUUACUGUGAUUUCAGUAGUACAUGUUGUAAUUUCUAUUUAAUAACCUGGUACAGUGCCUAACUUUUGUUUUAACUCGAAUGUGUACAGUUCUUAAAGAGGAGCAAAACAUUAAAUUUGAUGACUUAAAACUUA